UUGUGCAGUUUUUGCGCGAGUUCUCGCGGUAGCAUUUGCCGUCGCUGUCAAAACAAAAGACAAUUUUCUUCGUGAUACAUCGAUAAUUGAAUAAGUAUUCAAAAUCAAAAGUUAAAGCGGUAAUUAUUCAAUCAGGUGUCGAAUUUCAAAUAUGCUCAAUUGCCACCGGAAUUUGAUUGCUGUACGAACGUUGGUUACGGCCGUAAGACAACUCAGCGGAAACCAGCUGGACGACCCAAAGCUAGCACAUAUCAAAGAGCAAAUCGAGGAGGACAAGAAAAAACUCCAAUGGCAAGUUCCGUUUAGCGAACGGCCUGAUAUAUUCAAGAGCACGUUCAAGCUUUUUGAGAUGCCCAAUCGUAAUUCGGAGCUGCUGGAAGUGAUGCAGCAGCCAGUAGAUGUAUCUCCAGCUGGGAUCAAGAAAUGGUGGACUAACCGUCGAACGAAAAUCGACGCGUUUAUGCAGAAGUUUAUUCCGGAAAGACACGCCAUGCUGGGAGAGGAUUUGGCUACCGCUCAUUUCGUUGUUCAUCGUGGGGGAUCUGUCAGAUUUAGAGGUGAGCAGCGAUGGGUCAAAAUGGAUGAUAAGGAGGAGUACGAUCUACCGAAACAUUACGUCCCGAACAUGGUGCUCGAAGAGGUCAAGUGCGACAACAUGACCCUCUAUUACGAAGGUUUGGAAAACAUUCGCCGAUUGGGCUGCUUAAAGCACCUCUCAUUUCGUGGAGUAGCCAAUUUCGACGACUGGUUCUUGGAUCGCGUUUCGGGUUCGGGAUUUCCGUCACUGGAAGUGCUUGAUCUGCGGGGAACGGCCGUCACCGAAAAGGGUCUACACUGCCUGUAUCGGUUACCAAGUCUGAAGACGCUUCUGCUUGAUGAUUCCGAGCGAGACAUUAUGUGGAAGCUGACGGUGGCCCUCCUGGAGGAAUGGAACCCAAAAAUGGAAGUGAAAACCGAAUAACAAACAACAAUAUAUAGCUGGUAAUAAUUAAAUAGUUUCGAACAACUGAAGAA